UACUCUACAUCUACCAAAGGUUUUAAAAUUUCUUAAUUGUGCAUAUUACCUUCCCUUGUAAGACAAAAGUAGUUUAACAUUCACCGACCAAGUUAUUAGGGAUUUUAAAUGAACGGAUCGAAUAGGAAACGAUAAGAUUAUAAAUGAACGUUUUGUGUAAAGAAUACAUACAAUUCUAUGUACAAAACAUGAUAUGUUACAAAAUAGAAAUAUUAAUUCAAAGGCACGUAGUGGCAUCGUUCCCCUCACCAUUAUUGUCACUAGUUGUCACAAAAAGCGUUUAUACAAACACUGACUGUGUGCAGGUAACGAUUACUAUCCAAGGAGCUUAUUAUUUUGUAGUGGAAAAGUCAGCUUAGUAGUUAGAUACAUUACUCGCUUAGUAACCAUUCACUUGGACGUUUCAGCAUCAGGCUAUCCUGUAUCGAACUCCAACGCACGGCGUAUCGCGGUUGAAAUGGCCAUGGAUUCAGGCACUGUACAAAGAAAUGUUAUUAAUUGUAAGAGGAAACGGUAAGCAUAUGUUUCACAUUAUGUAUAAAGAGUAACAAAGGUAUACGAAUUAUUUACAAGUCAAGUAACGUCCCACACAGUGAUGUAUAACUGCAAGGAAUGCAUAACUGCAUCGGGGAAUGUAGCGAAAUACACAAAAGCUGCCAUUACAGCGGCAACGUGCAUAUAACAUAUUAAUAGUCUCUACGUAGUCUCUAUACAAUUGAACCGGCCAAGGGGUUGGAUACAACGUGAAAAUGUGCUAUUCACCCUUACCUCCCUCACGAUUUGCUUUACAAUCAGUAUUCAUUGGUGUUCUCUUGUACCAAUCGUCUCUACUUUUAAAACAGUACCGCACACUCAAGUUCCUCGCGCGCAAUCCUUCAGCUCCUUCGUAAUGAAAGUUUAAAACUUUUCAACACUGAGUAUCGCCCUAGUCGAUCUUCAAAUUCUCAUUUUCAUCGAAUACGCUUCUGCUUUGCUUAACUAUGUUUGGAAACGUAUCACCAGAGAGGGCUAUAGAGUUUACUUGGUUCAGCGUGGCUUUGAACUAUUGCUGGCCACCGCCAUCGACGGCCACCAAAUUUCAGAUCACCUUAUACAAGUUCAUCAAGCUUCUGGUGAUUCUUAGCGCUGCAGGACUCGCUCUUCCUCUCUUGUACUCGCUCCACGUGCAUCGCAACGACCCAAUCAUCUUCACCAAAGCAGCUUGUUUAUGCGUGGCUGUUACACAAAUACCAGUACACUCGUCUUUCUGUCUCGCCCAUCACGAGAGGCUUCAGGGGUUGCUCGAACAGAUGACAGAUUAUUGCGCGAAAGCCAAGUCGUACGAACGAUUCGUGCUACAACGUUACGUCAACAAAUACUCGACGUUUUACGGGGUGUCCGCGACAUGGUUCUACGUUACCGCGGCUAUUUUCGUCGUUGGAACUCUGUUCGUCGAUCAGCCCUUUCCAACAGAAGCGGAGUACCCGUUUAACGUUGAUUACGAGCCUCUGAGGACGACGCUUUUCCUUCACCAAACAGUCGUCGGUUUUCAGUGUGCUGCGAACGUGUGCGUGAACGGGUUUGCUGCGAUGCUGCUGUUAUUCGCAGCUGCUAGAUUCGAGAUCAUAAUGAUAGAGCUGCGCGCUGUUCAAGAUAUCCAAAUGUUGGUAGAGUGCAUACAAAAGUAUUACCACGUGAAAAGAUACGCGCAAGAAGUGGUCACGUUUGCGCAGUACAUAGCUCUCACCGCGACGAUUGUGGCCAGCUUUCUGCUCGUACUCUGCGGUUUUCAUAUUGUCGGACGGCAACCGCUUGCGAUAAAAUUGCAAUUCUUAUUCUUGGCUAUGACUGCGCUAAUGGAAGUUUUCAUGUGCGCCUGGCCGGCUGACAACUUGUUGGACGUGAGCGAAGGUGCUAUUCAAAGCUUGUACGAAGUAGAUUGGUACGAUCAAGAUUUGAACAUGCAGAGGACCGUGAUGCAAACUUUGGUACCUCAGAAACCGAUAGCCAUCAGCAUUGCGUGCGUCAUCCCAGUCAUGUCGUUAAACUAUUAUUGCUCGUACGUGGCGAAUGCAUUUUCGAUAUUUACUGCGCUGCGUGUCAUGCUUAGCGACGAAGACGAAAGUUUGUUGCCAAGAACUAAUAAUACUAUCCUAACUACUGACUAGAAUCGCCUAGGUGUACAUUACUCUACAUCUACCAAAGGUUUUCAAAUUUCUUAAUUGUGCAUAUUAACUUCCCUUGUAAGACAAAAGUAGUUUAAUAUUCACCGAGCAAAUUAUUAGGGAAGUUAAAUGAAUGGAUCGAAUAGGAAACGAUAAGAUUAUAAAUGAACGUUUUGUGUAAAGAAUACUUACGAUUCUGUGUACAAAACAUGAUAUGUUACAAAAUAGAAAUAUUAAUUCAAAGGCACGUAGUGGCAUCGUUCCCCUCACCAUUAUUGUCACUAGUUGUCACAAAAAGCGUUUACACAAACACUGACUGUAUGCAGCAUCAGACUAUCCUGUAUCAAAUUCCAACGCCAGCGUAUCGCGGUUGAAAUGGCCAUGGAUUCAGGCACUGUACAAAGAAAUGUUAUUAAUUGUAAGAGGAAACGGUAAGCAUAUGUUUCGCAUUAUGUGUAAGAGUAAUACGAUGUAUCCGUAUCUGUGUAUUUCGAUGCACGUGUACGUACCUGGAUAUCCGUGUAUUUCGAUAUCCGGGUGUCAGCGUAUUUCAAUACCCGGGUACCCGUGUACUAAAAAUACCCGUGUUCUUAAUCCCUUGAUACACGGUACACGUGUUCCGUGCACCCGUGUAUUUGAUACCCGUUCAAAACCGUGAUCUCUAGUAGGUAUGUCAAACUUUAGUAGAUUUCAGCUGCAUUUUUCUCGUUCGCUGUGUUACAUCUCCCGAUGUACAGAUCCACGGUAUAUAUGUCAUUUGCGCAAUAGUCAAUUUUAGUCAUCUAUGUUUCAAUAAAGGAUAGCCACGUAGACUGUGUCGUUUUAAACUUUUUUUGAUUGUAUCCUAUUGUUGUUUCAUUCGAACGAUGCAUUAUGGAAUACAUUCCGAAAUGGUUCACUUGCGUGGGAGUCUAAAUGAUUAUUGUCAACAGGUGAAAUCCAAUCUGCUUACACAACUCAAAUCUUGUGUCAUAUAAAAUGUAGAAUUUUCAAAGAAGAUUUACUUUUCGAUACGCACUGGGAUCUGUAAAUGUUCUGAGAUUGUCUCAGCAGUAGCAUACUCGCGCGAAAUAAUUCGCAGUCUAAGGGAGAGGGAAACCGUGCAAUUGCCAACAAAGUCUGUAGAGUGUAUAACGUGUCAUUUUACCCUUCUUCAAAUGAAAGAAUUGAUCGAAGGGUGAUUUAUACAUGCAACCUACCAUACAUCUGCUAUUCUGCUAACGGUUACAUUUAGUAUUCAUUCCAAUCUUUGUAUACUUAUUUUGUAUCGAAGUUUCACAUUCAGAAUGUGUGUGCACUUCAAAGCUUCAAGAACUUCUUCCUGUGAAUAGAUCUAAGAUAUAAAUCGGAAUAGUUACUUUGCUUACAAUGGCAUGUGUAAAAACAAAAAUGUACUUCUUGUGGUUAUAAGGA